AUCACAACGUGGAUCUUAAACUAUCCCACCGACCAGCGGGUGCGACUUAUUGCAAUUAUGAUUAAGAAAAUGUCCCCAUCCGAGAAUGAGUUCAACAUACCGGCUAAGAAUUGCCACAGGAUGGUCAUUCUGGGCUCCACCAAAGUUGGGAAGACGGCUAUCAUCUCUCGGUUUCUGAAUGAGAGGUUUGAUGACCAGUACACACCCACCAUCGAAGACUUUCAUAGGAAAUUCUACAGCAUCCGAGGGGACGUGUACCAGCUGGACAUUCUGGACACGUCAGGAAACCAUCCCUUCCCUGCGAUGAGGAGGCUUUCAAUUCUCACUGGUGAUAUCUUCAUCUUGGUGUUCAGUCUUGACAACAGAGACUCCUUCCAAGAAGUGCAGCGCCUGAAGCGCCAGAUCCACGAGACCAAGUCGUGUUUGCGAAACAAAACUAAGGAGAACGUGCAAGUCCCGCUCGUCGUCUGCGGCAACAAGUGCGACAGAGACUUUUACCGAGAAGUGCAGGAGGACGAGAUCGAGAAGUUGGUUGGAGGAGACGAGCACUGCGCUUACUUUGAGAUAUCAGCAAAGAAGAACACCAACGUCGACCAGAUGUUCCAGACUCUGUUCACCAUGGCCAAGCUGCCAAAUGAAAUGAGCCCCGACCGACACUGCAAGGUCUCCCUGCAGUACUGCGACGUGCUGCACAGAAAGUCGUUCCGAAAUAAGAAGUGCAAGGACGGGAACGCGUAUGGGAUUGUGGCGCCGUUUGCACGGAGGCCGAGCGUGCACAGUGACUUGAUGUACAUUAAAGGGAAAGCUGUCGGCGGCAGCCAGGCCAAAGAGAAGGGCUGCGUCAUUUGCUGACACCUUCUCAGUCUGUGUGCAAGUGUUUUGUCUCUGUGAGACUGUUCAGGGCUGCUGUGACCAGUCGGUGCAUGCAGGAAACACAAGACU